CAAUAACAGAACGAUGUGAGCAAAAGUCCGAGUUCGAAUUGUGAAUUGUCUAGUUGUAGAGGUUAAAAGUUAUUUAAAAUUCCUCUGAAAAUAGUUAAAUUCUAUUCUAUUAUGGUAAAUCGAAGCAAAAAAUGGCUGUAGAUUUCAAUAUUGAAAUAAGAAAAAAACAAUUGGAAAGUUUGGAUCAGUUCGUAGCCAGUUCUAGGGAGAAGGUUCAAUCAAUUCUUGAAAGUUUGGGCUGGUCAGUUGAAAAAAUUCAGGAAGAACAAAGGCUCUUCGUUAAGUGCCCUCAUAAUGAUUGUCAUAAAGUACCUGCAGAAAAACUUGAAGAUCAUACAGAUAAAUGUAAAAUCACAAGUUCUGGUUAUGAUUUACAAGAAGAAUUCAUGUCUGAAUCGUUUAAACUUUCUGAAGAGAGCAGUAUCAAAAUUGGUACCGAUAAGAAAGUAGAACUACUAUGCCAAGCCUUCUCACAGAAACCCUAUUUUCAAACAGCAUGGAAUGGAAAAGAUCCAGAUCCUCUGACCUACAGCCGUUUAGUUUCAACAUUCUCAAGUGAUGAACGUUUAGUUUUAUAUGAUUACUGUAUAGCUAAUACCAGAGGACCCCCUGAGCUUCCAGAAUUUGAUACUUCUACUGUCACGAAAGAGAAGGGAGAUUCUUCAUUCACAAAAGAAGCUUUAAUGUCUUUUGAAAGAGACAUUAAAAGAAGAAGUGUUAAGUACAAACCAAUUCAUACUAAUCACAAAAAUUACAAAGAAGUCCUGAGGGAAGUAAUUAAUUCCCAAAUGCAGCAAUAUAAUGAUUGGUUGGAAAAUGUUAGUGGUAAUAGAAGAAUGUAUACGUCAGAAAAUUUUCAUAAAGAGGGAUAUCUUGAAGAUGGGGGAGAAUCUGAAAAUCAAGAAAAAUCUCAAGAAUUUGUUGAAAGACCCUAUUCUUCCAUCAGUAAAUUCAGCCACAACUCUUCUGGAUCACCUGGUAUAAAACAUGGUAUUUCAAGGACACACACUGAUUCCCAUUUUAAAUUAGACGAUGGUGUGAAAUCCCAUUACGAUAAAGAAUAUAACUCCAACUUCCCCAAUCAAAGUUCUAAAAGUAGAUACAAAUAUACUCAUCAUGAUGAAGACUCACAAGAAUCAAACAGUGUUAGUAAAGUUUCAUCUAUUGACAUGGACAGCCCCUGUGAGAAUUAUGAGAACAUCCCAAGAACUCAUUCAAGAGAAUCAUCUAUUCAUAGUUCUCACAAGUAUAAAGAUAAAGAUUCAAGAUAUAGAGAGAGCAGACGACACAAAUCCAGAAGUGAUAGAAAAUGGAAAAAAAGAGAUCAUAGUAGCGGAAGUAGUAGACAUAGCUCAAGGAGCCACAGAUCUAAAGAAGACAGAUCCCACAGACGCCUUUCUAGAGAUAAAGCCAGAAAACAUAAAGACUAUCAUAGGGAUACAUAGUAUUUUUUUAAUGUAUUUUAUCUUGUUCAAAAGUUAUUUAAUAAAACUUUAGUUUUCAUUUUA